ACUUUGUCACAAUGGAUUGUGCUACGCAAGCUGAAUUACCCUCUGACAAACAGCGAAAGUCAAAUCCAAACUUGCGUUUUAAUAAUAGACGACUAAGCGUCUUCCCGGCAAAAAAUGCUAGUUGGGCUUACGUCGUUUUAUUGGUUGCGAUGCUAUCAAAUGUGACAACAGGUGGUUUGCUACUGUCAAACAGUAUGGUAGUACUCUACGCUCAAGUUCAUUUCAAUGGCACAAAAUACGAUGCUGGUUAG